GCCGAAGUCUAUUUAGGCGACCCACACCGCACCGGCCAUUGUCAAUACACCCGGAGCAAUGGUCUCGUCCACAACCGUCCUGCAGGUACUGUUUCUGGCAUGUGCAGUGGCGUCCGGAGAGUCGCCGGGCGCGGAGACCGACGUCAAGCGGCCCGAACCUGUGUCGGUGACUGUGGCCAACGACGACUCCGGUCGGCGCUCGACUACGGCCACGCCGCCGGCCACACAGCCAAAAGACGUGUCCAUUCUCAAGCAGAUCAACAAGGUGAACGACGAUGGUUCGUACACGUUCGGGUACGAAGCGUCGGACGGCAGCUUCAAAGUGGAGACUCGUGACGUGGCGGGCAACGUGAAGGGCAUGUUCGGGUUCGUGGACGACGCGGGGCGGCUGAAGCGCGUAUCGUACUCGGCCAGCAACUCGUCCGGUUUCCAAGCGGCCGGCAGCGAGUCUCCACGGCCGUCACCGGGCCCGACGGCCCCGUCCGCGACGCAGACAAUCGCUGGUCGGAGACAUAAAAAGAAGGACGGUGGAGCCGGCGGCGACGAGUCGGACAACGGCAAGUCGGCGGCAGUUGGAGUGAAAAAGGUGCUGGUGUCCAAGCGACCCGUCGUGGUGGCCGCGGCGCCAGAUUUAGGGACGGACACGGAAAAUGACGCUGACGACCGGCAACGGCGUGGUGGUAACGACCUGCGCAGACAGUUGCCCAGAAACGACGACGGAGACGCGCCCGACGUGUACGGCGUGCACGGCAGGUCCAGCCUCCAGGAGUCGGGACCGGUGUCUCCCGUCGUGUCAGCGCUCAUGUCCGAGCUGAUGCCAGUCAGAUCGUAUGGCCGUCCGACGGGACCACCGCCGCCGCCAUCGCAAUCGCCGAUUGGACAUGACGACGCCGUCAGCACCAGACGGGCAACGCAAGAGCUGCAAGAAGAUGAAUACGAAGACGGACAACAGUACGGUGGCCCAACGACGGUUCAAUACCGCGGACGGCGACCCCCCGCCGCGCUGUACCAGCAGCGGGCCUCGUACCCAACGAUGGCUGCGGCAGCGGCGUACCAACAACAGCGACCGGUCGCGUACCUCGCGCCGCUGCCUCAGCGCGGUCCCAGUCUGGUGGCUCUGCGGGACGAACUCAUGGAGCUCAUACUGUCGUUCGUGCAGGCGCGAGUUUCGCAACUCGUGUCCGUCGCCCCUUACCCCGCGCCCUCUCCCUACCCGAUGCCUUAUCAGCAACCCAACUACUACGUGCCCAGUUACUAUCAGGGGCCCCGAAUGCCCGGUCCGACGACAGAACAGGCGCAAGAAACAUCGCCGAUAGUCACACAGACGCUCAAGGACGGACUGAUCCGGAUGUUGUUGUCCACCAGUCCUCGAUACGACCCGGACAGGAUCGGCGAACGUUCGACGACCCGGCUAGCAUACCGUAGUACCACCCCGCAACCAACGCCUGUCAGGAGCGUGCAGAUCAUCAGUGGCGGCGGUGGAAACGACGACGAUGACCGGGUGGCGGACAGCAGACCAGUGACAACCGAAAUUCCCGACUAGAACCGCUGCAGCCACUGCAUAAUUAUUGAAGUUGCUACCAGCGAGUAGGUGUGUGAAAAGAGUACAGUUAAUUAUUAUAUUAUAAUAUUUUUGUUGUUAUCACUAUUAUUAUUAUUAUUAUUAGGUAUUUAGGUAUUAAUUUUAUUA